GUGGCGCAUGCAUUUAAGUCGAUUAUUAUGUUGCGCGUCCGGCGGAGUGAUCUGCAGGCGUUAAAGGGUCCUGACAGCAGGAUUCGACAGCUCAAUAUACUGUAAUUUCAGAACAGGUAGAUUGCAGACUUUUUCCCCUUAUACUAUCGCAGAACCACCAGCCGACACAGCGAUACAAACUGGGACCAUGGAGAGAAAGAGUCUACCUGUUAAGCGAAUCCUCAACAAGCCCCAGAUUUUCCGCAGUGACCUUCGUACUGAUGUGAACGCCGGCCAGUCUCGGGCCGGGCGGUCGCUACAGGCCAAAGUGCAGAGAAGCAGACACAAGCAUCUCUAUGAUGGAAACCAUCAGAUCAAGGUCAAGCCUGAUUUAAACACAACACUCCCUGUUAGACAGACGGCUUCCAUUUUCAAACAGCCAGUGACUAAGAUAACAAACCAUCCCAACAACAAGGUGAAAACAGACCCUCAGAAAGCGGUGGACCAACCAAAACAACUGUUCUGGGAGAGGAAGUUGAGUGGGUUAAAUGCAUUUGACAUAGCAGAAGAGCUGGUGAAAACGAUGGACCUUCCCAAAGGCUUACAGGGUGUCGGGCCUGUGUGUUCUGACAAAACACUGCUUUCUGCCAUCGCCAGUGCCCUGCACACUAGCCCAGCUCCCAUCACCGGCCAGCUCACUGCUGCAGUGGAGAAAAACCCUGGAGUCUGGCUGAACACAGCACAGCCUCUCUGCAAAGCGUUUGUGGUGACUGAUGAUGACAUCAGGAGGCAGGAGGACCUGGUGCAGAAUGUGAGGAGGCGACUUGAAGAGGCCCUGAUGGCCGACUCUCUUGCUCAUAUAGAGGAUGUCACUGCAGAUGAAGCCGUCGACAAAGUGGAGAAGACAACUCAACUGCUGGAGAAGGAGGAGUUAUAGCCAAGGUUUGCUAAGAAACUCCACAUACUAAAAAGAACUCCUUUGGAUUUGUAUGUAGAAAAAGCAAAAACAAACGCAAUCUAUAAAUUUUCCUAACCUAAACAAAGACUUUCAUCUUUAUUGUUUUAUAUUUUUACAGUUGGUUGUGUAAUCCUAAAAGGGUGCUUUUGUGUGUGUGUGUUUUUAAAUUUUUUUUUUUUUUUUACCUCUACUAAUGUAAAGCAGCUGUGGAUGGUGCUCAUCACAAUGCAGUGUUACAUUUAGUUUCCAGCUGUUUUAACCUCAGUAUUGAAGUUACAAACCUCACAUAUGUGAAUUUCUGUGUUAUAAUGUUUAUGUCGGUUCUGCAAAGGCUGUAUAUUUUUAACUGUUCUCCCAGAUUGUGUUGCUUUAUAUUUUACUGAUACUGUAGGUAGUUUGUUAUACAGCGUGUUUCUGAAAGUAGAAAAGCUGCAGUAUUUUUAUAUGAGCACAGCACUUGUGGGGCUGUGAAUAAACGACUGUCUUCAAGUUUUAAUGGUUAGUUUUGUUCAUAAUACUUUGAGUUUUACUAAACCUGGGUCAUUGUAUUUGCAUUGUCAGAUAAAUUUUGUUCUUUUGCCAACAACAUUAAAGUUUGGAGAGUAACAUUGAAGAUCUGAAAAGACAACUGAAACACUGAUGUACUGUACAUCAUUACGAUAUUUCUGUUUGUGAAAUAAAUGCAGCUUCUUUAUAA